CUGAUGAUGGGUUGUCAGCCACCUGUUUGGCUGUCAUGCAGACCAGGGACUGUUUGCAAAAGUUGUCACUGCCUUUGUAAAAAGACCCACAUUUGUCCACUCUAGCUGGGAACAGACUAGUUCCGUCGAAGUAGUAGAUGCCUGCUGUGCCGCUGAGAUGAGUGUGAAGGCUUUUGAGCUGGUCCCCGCCGUGGACCGGGAGCAGCUGAUGGGGGACAAGGCCCGCAUCAGCAUCGAGUGCAUCGAGUGCUGUGGCAAACACCUCUACGUAGGCACCAACGAUUGUUUCAUACACCACUUCCUGUUGGAGGAGCACACCACGACCAAGGGGACGCUGUCCUACUCCGUCCAGAAGCUGCUGGUCAUGUACCUGGGCCAGAAGAAGCCCGUCGAGGCGCUGAAGGCCGCGUCGGCACUGGAACGCCUCAUCGUGCUCUGCGACGCCACGCUCAGCAUGGUCGACAUGGUAACCCUGGAAGCUGUGCCCUCAGGCGGGGCCAAAGUCAAGGGAGUGGCCGCGUUCUGCGUCAACGAGAACCCGGUGAUCGGGGACCCGUUCUGCGUGGAGAUCGGGGUGAUCUCGGCCCGGAAGAGAGCCGUCCAGGUGUACAUGGUGUACGAGGACCGUGUGCAGUUGGUCAAGGAGGUCAACACGCCACAGCAGCCAUGUGCCGUCAGCCUGGACGGCUACUUCCUGUGCCUGGCGCUCUCUUCGCAGUACAUGAUCCUCAACUACAGCACAGGAGCCGCCCAGGACCUUUUCCCUUACGACAGCGAGGAAAGGAAGCCCAUCGUCAAGAGGAUAGGCAGAGAGGAGUUCCUCUUGGCUGCCCCCGGUGGCCUGGGGAUGUUUGCCAACGCGGAAGGCAUGUCCCAGCGGGCACCAGUGAACUGGUCGGAGAGUGUGAUAGGAGCGGCUGUGUGUUUUCCCUAUGUGGUGGCGUUAGAUGAGGGCUUCAUCACCAUCCACAGCAUGCUGGACCAGCAACUCAAACAGACCCUGUCCUUCAGAGAUGGACACAUUCUACAGGACUUUGAAGGUAAGGUGGUACUGGCCUCCACUAAGGCUGUGUACGUGCUGGUGCCCCUCCCACUAGAGAGACAGGUCCAGGAUCUGCUUGCCGGACACAGAGUGGAGGAGGCCCUAACCCUCACAGAGGGAGCUAGGAGAAAUAUCCCCAAAGACCGAUUCCAGGUUUUGUACAAAAGGAUCCUCCAGCAAGCUGGGUUCAUACAGUUCGGACAGCUUCAGUUUUUAGAAGCAGAGGAACACUUCAGGAAGGGUCAGCUGGACGUCCGGGAGCUGAUCUCCCUCUACCCCCUGCUCCUCCCCUCCUCAUCCUCCUUCACCCGCUGCCACCCGCCGCUCCACCAGUUUGCCGACCUCAACCACCUGGCGCAGGGGGACCAGGAGAAAGUUCAGCGGUGCAAGAGGUUCCUUAUUUCGUACCUGGGCGAGGUACGGAGCACAGAGGGGGCUAACGGCUGCCGGGAAGACGUGGACACGGCUCUGUUGAAGCUCUAUGCGGAGCAGGAUCAUGAAAGUCUGCUGGACUUGCUGGCUUCCCCCAAUGCCUGUCUACUGGCCGACAGCGCCCCCUGGCUCGAGAAACACCACAAGUAUUUCGCACUGGGCCUCCUCUACCACUAUAAUGGCCAGGAUGCUGCAGCUGUACAGUUAUGGGUGCGGGUGGUGAAUGGGGAACUUCAGGACUCUACCAGAACUGACCUGUAUGAGUACAUUGUGGACUUCCUGAGUUUCUGCUCCAACCUGGACCUGGUCUGGAAAUAUGCAGAUUGGGCCUUGCAGAGAGAUCAAACGAUAGGGGUGCAGAUCUUUACGAAGCGGCCAGUGGGAAAGAACCAAAGUAAGGACCAGCCUUGCCAGGUGAACCCUGACGAUGUUGUCACCUACCUGGGGAAACACAGCCAGGCCCUGCUGCUUUACCUGGAACACCUGGUGCUGGAGAAGCAGAUACAGAGAGAGCAGUUCCACACCCAACUGGCACUGUUGUACACCGACAGAGUCCUGUCCGCCCUGAAUCAGUCCCCUGGACUGGAGGCACAGCUGGUUGUGGCACGGGACAAGCUGCAGUUCCUGCUGAGAGAGUCCAGCCUUUACCGAGUCCACCUACUCCUGGGUAAGAUCCAGCCCUGUGAUCAGCUGUUGCUGGAGCAAGCCACGCUCCACGGGAAGCUGGAGGAGCACGACAAGGCGUUACACAUCCUGGUGUACCAGCUCAAAAACUUCCCAGCUGCCGAGGACUACUGCGUCUGGGGUUCCGCCUCGCAGGGCCCGGCCUACCGGCAACACCUCUACCACCUCCUCCUCGGGGUCUACCUGGACCUGGACGCUCCCGGCAGAGGCGCCGGCGCCGGUGGCGGGGAGCUUGAGGUGGCAGCGGUGGAUCUGCUGAAUCGACACGGCGAGUUGUUCGACGCGGUGAGGGUACUGGACCUGAUCCCGGAGGGGUGGUCGCUGGAGCUGCUCCGACCGUUCCUCGUACGCGCCCUGCGGGGCACCAUGCACGCCCGCCGAACCUCCCAGGUCUCGCUGGGACUGGCCCGGUCCGAGAAUCUACAGCUGCAGCACGACCGGCUGAAGCAGCGCGGUGGUCCUGUGCUCCUGUCGGACAAGAAGGGCUGCCACCUGUGCCACAACACCUUCACCGGACCGGACUGCGUGUGUCUGCCCGGCGGGAGGCCCGUACACACGCACUGCGCCGCCGAAAGGGUAGUGCGAGACUCUCCUGCCAAGAGACGACUAGCCAAUGCCAGCAACCACACAUGAGGCCCCGCCCACCAUCUGCCUAAGCCCCGCCCGGAGGCCGGUGUGAUGGUGGGGAGGCACGCCCCCCGGGCCCUGAUUGGUUGCGUACGGGGGGGUGGGAGUGGAGAAGGGUUACGGGGGCAACGUGAAGCACAGAGGAGACUGUGAUCCAAUGGAUCGUGACAAGCCCCUGAGUCCACUCUAAGACACGACUGGAUGCACUUAACUACUGCGUGUGCGCGCACCUGAAGGAAGCUAUUUAUUCCAGUUCAGCUGCUGUCCGUGCACAGCACGGACACUUACAGACCGCGAAUGAAGUUCAAAAACCGUGAUGUUACCCGACGCUGACAUUCAGGUCCACUAAAUGUCAAAGUGAGACUCUGGGAUCUGUACUUGUCCAAUGUUGUGUUGGACCCCUGUUAUAUCUGUCCCGUCCCUGGUCCAAACCUGAGGUGGGUUUGUCCUAAAGCAGAGAACGGUAGACCAUUCGAAGGUGUCUCCCUCGCCGCACUGGCACCACCUGUUUGAUUUGGGUAUCUGAGGGAUCACCUGAAGCCUUGACAUAUCCGUGAGGUUGCGGUCACAGAAAGCAAUGUUCCCUGAAAGCGUUACUAAAUGUUCCGGGACACAGUCUUGUCCCUCCAUGUUUCUCCUCUACCAAACCUUAUGAAACGUUUCCACACUACUCAAGAAAGGUCUGUCUUCAAGCAAAAACAAUGGUUUUCACUUUGAUUCCAGGUGUAAUCAGUUACCAAAUGUAAUGCUAACUGAGGGACUUUUUUGGUGUUGUGCUAGCCUGGAUGCUAGUUAUUUUCAGCUGCAGAACAGCUCAUGGGGAUGUUAAAUGCUAAUAGCUAAAAUGGAGGACUUGGCUAACCAAAGCUAUGUCGAGCCUAGUACCAGAUGAGUUUGUGCUCUUGCCAUCUCUGUUCAUUGUUAAACCAGUUGUUUUUGGCAUGAUUUUGAGUAACAAGGAGUUGGCCUGGUAGUACAAACAGACAGGUACUCAGGCUUAGCUUUUUCCUGUCCCAGUUUAUAUAGAUCAGUGAACAUUACAGUAUAGUUACAAUAAAUCAGUCUCUAAUAACUAAUUGAUUUACAGGGAAGUGUUCAAAUAUGCAAACAUCAAUGUUAAUAUCAAAAUGUUUUUUUUUAUGUGGUGUUAAAAUCUUCUGACCUACUUUGUGAACAGUAAAAGGGAAAACAGAUGUUAACAACGCAGUCUUGUUCCUUUAAACACUGGUGUCGUUUUGUCCUCACGCUCCUUGUGGGGUUUAUAGCGAACUUCAGAAACCGUGGACUUUUCAGACAAAAUACAUUCUGACUUUUAAAGAAGUGUGAAAUGUCAGACUUCUGAUGCAUUUAACAACUGACCCAUUUGAUUCUACAUUUGCUUGUCCGCUGAUCAUGAACUUAUUUUUCUGUGGUUUCCAUGAUUGAACAUAUAAACAGGGCUUAUUUUUUAGUGAUGCGAGUCAUACGACUGGAGUAGAGCUGCAACACUGCUGAAUGUUUUGCCUUAAAAGAAAUUAUUCCCAGUCCACCAUACUGUUUUUCCUUUAACGUUUAAAGGCAUUUCCCAGGGGUAUGUUUGUGGCUGUUGCUGACCACUCUAGUGACUGACUCCAUGUAAUGUGAUUGGCCAGGAAAGCAAGUCAGGUACACUGAUUGGGCAUAUUAAACACAGUAACUCCACCCCCACACAAGGAGAUGCCAUGGAGGAGGGCAUAGCAUUUGAUACCCCAACCUGUCUCUCUUCUUGUACAACACAUACAAGGAUAUUCAGCUCCAGUCCUGGUGGAUGCAAACACUUCUGGUAUUUAAUUCUCCUAAGAAGGGACUGAGUCAGAUGUUGGAUACCAGGUGAGAGCAGUUAACCAGGAGUUUCAGCCCUACAGGAUGGGAGGUGAAUUGAGUUUGGGACACAGGCAAAUCAUAGGACACGCCAAAACCAUUGACACACAAACGCAUUAAAAAUGUCUUAUUCCUCCUGUCCUCUCCACCCAAAACCAAUUGGAGGAGGUCGUUUUUGGGUGAGGGGCGAGUCAUCACUUGGCUUUAGUGCCUGUGGUUGAGUCUCCAGAACUGUUAUAUAGCUUCAACCAGGUUCUUGGUGGCCGUCCCUACGGGGCUCCUUUCCUAGUUUGUGCAGUACUUCUAGGAUGUAGAUUUUCACUCUGCACAAAGAAGCAGCUUCGGUCUCCUCUACUUCCUGUGAGGUCAAUGACACAUCGUGUGUGUAACUAAGAUUACUGUAAACCAACACUUCUCUCUGAGUUGUCAUCGCCUGUGUCUCUCUGUGUUCCUUACUGUGCUGUUGUAUUUUAUAAAUGUAUAGAUACUGGUAUGUAUAUACUGUAUUUAUCAUUGUUGCUUUGGAAGUCAAUGCCAGUGUAGGUGGAAUGUACAAAAUGUAAAGACGUCCAUUUUAAUAAACAUGAUUUCAUGCUUACA